AUGUCUCCAGAGGCCUCCAGCAACAUUCGGGUCUUUAUCCGCUGGCACGACCAGACUGUCUUCGCUGGCGAGGAGAUCAAGUGCACCAUCACCUUCAAGAACAUUGCCCGCGAUCCCAGCCAACAACGACAGUCCCAGCGACUCGCACCUACCGACCGCCCGAGGCAUGUGUCGCCAUUGCUGAGAGGCAAAUCCAGCGCCGGCUUAACCCCGCCGAACUCUGCUCAAACACGCGGUCACCGAUCCGCCCUGUCACUCAAUGUACCAGCCGCCCAGGCGCGAAGCCGCGCAGGCUCCAUACCAUGGCCGUCGUCGCAUCCCCCUAACGCCCUCGAAAAUCGCGGCAAUGGGCACAAGAAGUCCGUCUCCAUUGUAUCGAUUGGCUCCACGAGCACGAUACACGAUGACAGCCAGAGCAAUGCUGGUUCUGUCAAGUCGCACCGGUCUGGUCGCGGGCAUGCGCGAGCCUCCAGUCUCCAGAUCGUCCCUCGCGGAACUGCCCUGGGUCUGGGGCUUACCGCGCCUCACUCUGGUCAGUGUCUUGCCGCUUUCUGUUGA